UUCUCCUCCGUUUUUUUUUUGUGUGUUCCUCCAAUUCAUUCCCCACCCACCCCUCCCCCUCCCCCUCCCCCCAAUUCGAUUCCGUUCAAUUCAAUUCCCCCACCGUCGGAGGGGAGAGAGUCGGAUAUGAUGCUGGUCGCCAAGGAGUUCGCCCUCUCGCCGCCCGCUGCGGUCGCGCCGCGCCGGAGGGCCUCCGCCAGGGUCGCGCCGCACGCCGGAGGUGGCUCGCCGGUGCCCGACCUCUGGCUGCGCACCGCUGCCCCCGCCGCUGACGGCUUCGCCUUCGGGAGCCACAGCCACGACAGCGACAUGGAUUUGGCCAUGCUCGUCACCGACUUCCUCGAGAACGGCGGCAGCGCCGGCGGGGACUCGCGCGCCAGCAGCGACAGCGACUCCGGACUCUCCGACCUCGCCCACCUCGCAGAUAACAUCGCGAUGCUCAAGCAAGGAGGAGAUGAGAAGGAAAAUGAGCUGCUCUCCAUGGUCCACUCCCUACUCUUCUCUAUCCAUGAGUCGGAGCUUGAGCCUUUUAAAAGAGGUCAAUGCAGUGGCGGUUGCAUCCGCCACCUACUUGUCAAGCUCUUGAGAUACUCGGGGUAUGAUGCAGCAGUCUGCACAUCCAAAUGGCAGGGGUUUGACAAGAUACCUGGAGGUGACCAUGAGUACAUUGAUGUCCUAACGCAUGGCGAUGCUACUGGGCCAGAGCGUCUGAUAGUUGACAUCGACUUCAGGAGCCACUUUGAAAUUGCCAGGGCAGUUGACUCUUAUGGGACUCUGUUGAAUUCGCUCCCAGUGGUGUAUGUUGGCACCCUUCCACGGCUGAAGCAGUUCCUGCAUGUCAUGGUAGAUGCUGCAAAAUGGUCCCUGAAGCAGAACUCUAUGCCGCUUCCUCCUUGGAGAUCCUUGCCUUACCUCCAGUCGAAAUGGCAGUCCAAGUAUGAGAGGAAAGACUUGAUUACUGAGCAAGGCUUCCACAGCACAGCAUCGGACCAUGCGCUGUGCAUUGGACACCUGAAGAGGCUGAAAACUUCCCUCCAGUCAGAGCUCGAAACCGGAAGAUUGCUGAUGAUGCCGAUCAAGGCUGACAAGAAGAGGACGCCAAAGUUUGAGAGGAGGCGGCGGCGGCGUUCCCUUCUCAGUUGUUGAUGCAGAUUUGUGUUCCCUGGAUACAGAAGAAUACUGAGGAUAAGGAGCAGUAGGUUGCUGCUGGGCAAUUUUGGUUUCCCAGAAAAGGGAGAAAUGGGGCUCUUUUACAGAUAAGGUGAAAUGGGAGGUGGAUACUAACAGGCCAUUUUAGUGCCAGGUUUUUUGAAGGCACAUAAGAAAAAGACAAGAAUUAUUUUGUUGGUUUUGGUUUUUGUUGAUUCGGCGAGGCUGGGCAUGCUAGUGGUGAACCUGCUGCAUACCAUGUACAAUUGUGAGUUACACUACAGAAUCAAAAUUUUCCCCUUUUUAUUGAUUUUCUAGAGAUACAGCUGUUCCCCUUCUCCUUUGGAGCACACUUUGUUUGUUUCCCACAUUGUAAUUGUAACCGUAGGAUGUGCAAGUUGAGUUGCACCUGUUGAAAAGUAUAUGUUUCGGUUCAUUUGGUUUUAGAGAAUACAGUAUUGUUUCCAUUACACAAGGCUCCGUCUGUGUGUUUGUAAA